CUUUGAAAUUUGCGUAUAAAAUAUCCAAUAAGUGGAAAAUUAUUUCAGUCUUGAAGAAGAACUUGGAGUUUAUAGCAUUAAAAAAAUAGUCAUAUAAUGAAAUUGUUUGUUACGAUUUUGGGAGGCUUUCUUCUCUGCCUUCCUUUUAUUACCUCAGGACAAAAAGCUUGCUUGGAGGGAAGUUGUGUGCCAUGGUCCGAGUGCAAAUCAUUAACUGAAUUAAUGAAAAAGGCUAAAAGACAAAAUAAAUACACAGUUGCAGAAAAGAAAUUCAAAAAAUUACUAUGUGAUUAUAAUCUACGUGAGGACAGAGCAUAUUUCUGUUGUGCUGAUAAGGAGGAAGAUAAAAACAAAAACUAUUACAAUUCUCUCAAAAAUCAUCGAAAUCGAGACUUGUUUGGCCCAGAAAAAGUCGCUUGUGGAAAUUACAAUUACAAUCCCGGCAGUUAUAAUUCAAAUUUUAAUAAUGCUUCUCUAUUCGAAAUUUCAUGGUCAGCUGUAAUUAAGUAUAAUGGCAAAAUUAUUUCAUCUGGCACUUUAAUUAAUUCUCGAUAUGUCCUUACAAAUGCACGAUACGCUAAAUAUUUGGCAAAUGGAAUGCGAAAUGUCGAAAUUGUAUUAGGAGAUUAUGAUCUUAGCAAGUAUCGUGAUUGUGUAACGUUUAAAAAUGGAAGAACUGAAUGUUCCACUGCUAAAUCUGUAGGUGUUGUAGGUGUUUACCCACAUCCGUAUUUUAACGAAAAAGAUUUGACAAAUAACAUUGCUUUAAUAAGAUUGAACGAGGAAAUUGAAUCAACGGUGAACAUUGAACCAAUUUGUCUUCCAUUCAAUGAAGAAGUUCCUUUACUCCCUAUUGAGUAUGAUGUUUAUGGACAUGGAAUAUCUCUAAGAAGUGGUAGUGAAAGUAAUAUUACACUAAGGAACACUGUUAAGUUUAUGGAUAAUUACGAAUGUGCAUUAGAGUACAAAAAGGGAAAUCAGAAAAUAAAAAUUGAUGACAAUGUGGUCUGUGUAAAACCGAAGAAAUUGCCACCUGUUUGCGUAACCGAUGAUGGAGGAGCUUUGUCUCAAACAGUUGGGGUUCAAUAUCAAGUGGGUGUUUCUAGCUUCGCUGAUGGUGUAUGCUCUUUAAAGUUACCAUUCGUCUUCACGAGAAUUGACCAUUACUUAAAAUGGAUUUUGGACACAGUCAGGAAAUAAAAUAUUGUAUUCAAAAUAUUUUUAAAAAAAACUGUUUUUCAUUAAUGAAAAUUCUAAUAUAAAAAAAAACUGUUUUUCAUUAAUGAAAAUUAUAAUAAAAAAAACUGUUUUUCAUUAAUGAAAAUUAUAAUAAUAAAAAAAAAAUUAAUGAAAAAUAGUUUUCAUUAAUGAAUGUUGUUUUUCAUUAAUGAAAAUUGUAAUAUACAUUAAAAAUUUUAAAUAAAGAUGUUCAGUUCAAAUAUCAGGCAGGUACUGAUAGCUUUGAAUAUAAAUUUCGAUAAAUUUUAUCUCUAUUCUAUACAUGCGCAUAUUAAAAUUUAAAUUACACGUGUUUUAAUGUUGUACAACAUAUACAUAUGUCUUUAUUGUAACAAAAUAUAGUUUACUUUUCUAAUAUUAAAA